CAGGGUUCAGAGGAAACCCUCGUCGAGCGUAGUACCCUCACUGCCAUUACCGCUGCCCUUCAAGGUCACCUGAGAUUCUGAGAAGCGGCCAGUCGCUGCGGGCCAAGUGAUAGUCGGAACGCUGAUGCAGCCUUGUGGCCGUCCUCGCCAGUCCACGGAAAGCCCGACAGGCUUCCCUCCCGAUGGGUUACCGACGAGCACCUGAUGCCGGCGUGCCAAAAUGGGUGGCAUGAAAAUACGAGCUGAAACUGCUGACCAACAAUAGCGAGGAUUGGCAAGAACAAGUAAGUGGCUUGGAAAGAGUAACCAGGUAGCAAUGCCACCCUCGCACAGGAUUAAUAAAUGACAGUGGUCCUUCCCAGAGCUCAAAUUCCUUGGUUCCCACCACUGAAAGGGGAACAGGAAAAAUUUACCAGUCCGCCGUUUCUCCCGUUGCAGCUUUCAGCACAGUGGUAAGGGAGUGUGUCGUAACCCAUUGUUGGAGCUUCAGUGCAAUAUUACUGGAAGACAUAAAAAUGAUAAAUCUCGGUGCGCGAGCCAAAUUCUUCUGCGCCAUAGCCGCCCAGUGAUGAGCACAGGCCUCUCGACCAUACAGAGCUGGACCGACUCCUCUCUACCUUCUCAAGCGAUGUGCCGCUUGAUUCUCAAACGUGUGCAUUCUCUCGUCAGAAAAAAUCUGCAGCGCCCGUUUGAUGCAUUAGUGUAGUUCCAGGAAAAAAAUUUAAAUUUUUAAAAAAUUGUCCUCCCCAUCAAACAAGGGACUGAAAGAAUGUCCCUUGAGUUGAGUUCCGGAAUUAUUAUUCCGGAAAAAUCUUUCCACCCUCUGGGGUGGAAAAAGAAUUUCAGGAGAAGGAUUCCUUCUUCUCCUCCGUCUUGUUUCGAGAGGUCGGAGCAGACAGACGGACGCGUAGUGGUCGAACAGAAACAUCCCCCCAGACGCGGAGCCUUCCCCUUUCCCCCUCCCUUCCGGCUUCUGACCGCGAAUUAGUGAGGGCAGCCUUUAACUGCAUACGAUCACGCACAGGCAGAAUAUGGCCGGCAGAUGGGGGAGAAGAGUUAUCCACUUUCCCAAUCUGCCAAUAAAGCUUCUUAUGCCUUCCAAACUGGAAAACAUUAGGGAGUUCGCUCUCAAGACGAUCCCAUCUGCUUCAAAGAUUGAAAUAAAGAGGGUGCUUGAGGGUCUAUACGGAUUUGAAGUAGACAAUGUGCGCACACUCAACAUGGAAGGAAAGAAGAAGAAAAGGGGUGGUGUUGUCUUUGCAAAACCUGAUUACAAAAAGGCGUAUGUGACCCUGAAACAGCCACUAUCUCUUCCUUCAAACUUAUUUCCAAUUGGGUUGAUUGAAGAGGAGAAAGCUAUGAGUAAUAAGCAGUCAAAAUCAAGCAUAGUUAAUGAGCAAAUGAAGAAGACCCAUUGGCUUGACACUGAUAGAGAAGAUGGCUCUAAGCCUCCAAAGGAGGAUGGUGCGGAUGUUAUUCCAGAACGUGAGAAAAAAUUCCCUUGGAGCUAUGUUAAAUCGUGGAAACAAAUGUAGAUGUUCAUAUUCAGGUUUCUGUGACAUGCUCUUGCUUGUUCUUUCUGUAUGCUUACUGGGUACUCCUUGGGCAUUUAAUGCAUAUGAAUCCUAUAGAGAUUCACUCUUUUUUCCAA